AUGGAUACAUACAACGAUAUUUUAAGCAUAGUAGUUGAUUUGGGAUUUGAAAAUACAAAAAUUGGAUAUGCAGGGGAUGAAAAUCCAAUAAGCAUCUUCAACUCGAAUGUUGGCGUACCCCUCGAUUUGGAGAUAAAUAUAAAAAAUGAAAUUUAUAAAAAAUGCUUGUGCACAAAAGGAGAAUUUUAUCAGUUCAACCUGAUAUACCCUCUAAGCUAUUUGGAGGCCCUGGAAGAUAUCAAAAUUAAACCGUGUUUAUACCUGGACAGUAAAAACCAUUUUAAUAUAAACGAAGAUGUUUUGGAAAAAAUUCUCUUUAUGAAUGUAAAUGGGGGGAGAUCUGUAUACAAAUUAUUGGAAGGAAGGGUAAAAGAAUUUAUAGGGAAUAAACUACAUAAGCAGACCGAUUUAUCAGUCGAGUUUGUUGAUACUGAUGCGGAUGCAAUGGACAGAGAUACGAACGGUGCCAUAGAAAGUGUUCAAAAGAAUGGGGAAAACAAAUCAAACAACGAUUCGCAACCCCCUCUAAACGAAGCAAAAGAAGGUGAAUUAGAUGAAAAAGAUUUUAAUGAUGAAAAGGAUUUUAGUGAUGAAAAAAAUUUUGGUGAUGAAAAAGAUUUUGGCGAUGAAAAAGAAAAAAACGAAUCAGUCCAAUCGAACAAAAUAACCCCCCUCCAAGAAUGGGCAGCAGAGAAUAAUUAUUUUGAUAUAAAUCUAAUUGAUAAUAAACUUAUUGAUGUUAAUGGGAUAAAGAAUAUGAUAAAUAAGCACAACGAUAUUAGUUGCGGUUUAAAUGAAAAAAUGGGAAAUAUUCCCUAUUUAUUUUCAUUACCAAACAAAAGGAAUAAACAAAUAAAAGAAAAAAUAUCAGAGUUAUUAUUUGAAAAAUAUAAAGUACCAGCCUUAUAUUUUAAUUCCAAAUCAGUUCUAACCGGAUUUGCAUAUAACAAAAAUGUGUGUUCCGUGGUUGAUAUAGGGUCAUGUUACACAGACUUUUCUCUUUGCAAUGAUGGAAUAAUUGAUGAUAAAAAUUAUAAAAUUUAUAAUAUAGGUGGUUCAACUGUGGAUUUCUUUCUCGAAGAAUUGUUGGAAAAAUAUAAUAAAGAAUAUUGUGUUCCAUAUUAUGAAUUUUAUAAAAAAAAUGGGAAAUUUUCAAGUUAUAAUAAAGAAAAAGUUCAUAAAGAUUAUUACAAUAAAGCCAAAUAUUUUCCUCUGAAAGAUUUAAAAAGUUAUUUAUGUGAAGUAGCUAACAGCGAAAAUAAAAUUCAUGAUGCCAAAAAUAUGAAUUUUAAUGAAAGUAUGGAUAUAUACAUUUUGCCAGAUGGGCAAAAUAUAAAUAUCUCUAAAUUUAAUAAUAUUGCUUGUGAAAUAUUUUUUACUCCUUCUUUGUUAAGUAAUACAAAACUAAAUUAUCAUAUAAAUAGUUUAUUUAUUAAAGAAGAUAAAUUUGAAGGCGUUCAUGCUACAUUAUUUAAUAUGCUAAAUAAUAUGAAAUCAGUGAAACAUAAAGAAGAGUUGUUAAACAAUGUUAUUUUGACAGGCUCUUCAACCCUAUUUGAGAAUUUCGAUCAGAGAUUUAUAAAAGAAUUUAAUCAAUUAGACAUGAUUCAUAACUCCAAUUUUCAAAAUUUUCAAGUGUUAAGUAAUGGGAAAUAUGAUAAACAGUAUUCUUCCUGGAAAGGAGGUAGUAUCCUAUCAUCCUUUAAAAAUUUCAAUUCAUUUUUUGUUACUCGACGGGAGUAUGAAGAAUUUGGCUUAGACAUAGUCACCCGAAAAUGUUAA